UACAGCACAGCAUGCGGGAGAGGAGCACCACCCCGCCGCCGCCGCCGAGCCCCAGCGCCCGGGCUGCUCCUGCCCUUCUCCGGGCCAGCGUUAGAGGAGGGAGUUUUGGCAGAGUGCUGAGAACUCUCCGGCAGCAGCAGAGGAGCAGACUGCUGAGUGAUGCCCCGGACGGAGAGAGCAGAGAUGGAGAUCUGUGAUCUGGAGCUUCAGCAGAGACAGGGAUCAGCACAGUGGAGCUGCAGGAGGGCUGUGAUCAUCUUCCUCACAAUCACUGGCUUUCUGCAGAUCACCUCCAGCCUAGCACUGCUGCUGCACCUCACCGGCCAUUUACCACAGGCUGACUCAUCCGCAGAGCUCCAGACGCUCCCCGAGGAUCUUCUUACUGAACCAGUCUCAGCUGCAACAUUCAGAGAUGCCAAGGCGAGCACAGAUGUCAAGUCUGAAAGGAAACACAAAAACAUCAUGCCAGCAGCUCACCUGCCAAUCAAACCAGUCAGUGGACAUAUACAGAGGAAAAUCCAUGCCACCAUCAUUCACUGGUACCCUGAGCAAGGCAACCUUCAGCAUUUCGGAUACAACAACGGGCGUGUCCUUGUUCAGAAAUCAGGCCUGUACUACGUCUACGCCAAAACGUGUUUUCGUUACUACGAUCUUCUGGAGAACGGUCACUCCAAUGAAUCACCCACCUCGUCACCGUUUGACAAAGGUGUGCAGCUCAUACAGUAUGUGUUCGUUGAGCGUUUAUCUUACAGCUCCACUUUAAGGACAACACUGCUGAUGAAAAGUGGGAACACGUUUCAGUGGAAGCGAGGCACUUAUCACAUGUGCUGUCAGCAGCAGAGUGGGGUGUUUUCCCUGCAGGCUGGAGAAGGAUUAUAUGUGAGUGUCUCAAACUCUUGGAUGCUUGAUCCAGAAGCUGAAGGCAGCUACUUUGGGGCUUUUAGGGUAAGCAGUGAAGUGUAGCUUGGAGAAUUGUUUGUGGGAUUACUCUUUUUGUACUUGAGAAACUCUGUAUUCUGUGACAAAAUAGAAUUUAUAGAGUUUAAAUAAAGAAUACCACUGAUAAUCAUCUGAAGACCACUAUCCUGAGCCUUUACAGUGCCAAUCUUUGGGCUAAAAACAGCAGUUAAAGUACACCACUGUAAAAAAAAGGAAUUUAAUGUUUUUGCUUCUUGUUACUACUGUUUAGUAAUUGAAUAUGAGUGAUGAGGGCAGAUGCUGUCAUAUACCCACCCAGAGAGAGGACCCUAGCUGCUGAUGGCAAACCAAUGAACCUGUUACUAGGUACCAAAAGCAAAUAUAGUACAGUGGAAUUAGUUCCUAAUUUAAAGGUGCCAAAACUUUGGUACCCUUUACCUUGAUAAUAGUUUAGAUAUUAUAUGCUAUAAAAGACAGUGUAAUGGUAUCUGUAACUGUGUAAUUUACUCAUUGGUGUCCAAACAUAUGCUCAAGGCUAUAUUUAUGUAUACUGUGGCACUUCUGAGCCAGAAAUAGUUUUUUCAUCAGACGUAUACCCGGACUGACAGUUUAUAUGGCAAUUUAUAUUAUUUUACACAUUAUAUUGCAAUUCAACCACUUUCAGUAAAAUGAAUAAAGACUGGAUGUUUCCUGAGAUACUAAUAUCCACUCUGCCGAUGCACGCCCUUUUAAAACAGACCAAUAUAUUUUGGAAAGGUUAUUGUUCUACAGCAGGGGAUUUAUUAGUAUGAGCGCUGGCAAGACUGAGAGGAGUCUGAAGUUGAAAGACUGCAGGAAAAUAAACAUAGCUAAACUCCUGGCGUGGGUACACUCUUUCAGUUUUCAGAUUUAUUGGCUAGAAAUGGUAUUGGUGUGAUUUUAGGCUCAUCUUUACAUAUUUACAUAUAAAUAUGAAUUUACAUACCUCAUCUCCCAAAGGUCAUUUAUGUGUAGCCAAAAUAACAUGUUCACUUCUUUAGUGAAAGUAUAUGCCUCUGUAAAUAUAUUAACAUUUUUUAUUUUGAAAAGUAUCAUUUCUAAAUAUUCACAUAAAUAUUUUACUGUUUUGAUUGUACUGUUUGAUUGUAAUAUGAGUUUUGGAUGAACUGUGGUUUCACUUGAUUAGGUGCUGGUCGCACUGAUUUAGAUAACAUUUAUAAACCUGUGUAUUUGUUUCUUUUUAGUUUUUGUUCACAUUCUUGAAGUCCGUUUUGUAGUGGUCAUGAUUUUUGUUAGUGGAUUUUGUUCUGACAGCGUGUUCAUUUGUUUAUUAGCGAUGAUCUGUUUGUGAAUUUGUAUUAGUGACUUUUAUUUUGGUGUGGUCUGUUUGUAGCGCUGUGGUCUUAUGCUUCUUGUUUUUUUAUUCCAUUUCAUUUCAUAUUAAAAGACUUGAAGAUUCUU